GGUAAAUCUCCCCAUUUGUCCUCCAUAGAGCACACGAGCUGAAGCAAAAGUCUAUAAGAGAUACAACUGGGGUAGAUGCCAGGGUCCGCUGCCUACCUGGCUGCGAUCAUCUGUGAGGCUCCCAUCAUGGUGUCCGUAACAAUGGCCACCUCCGAAUGGAUCAACUUCUUCAAAGAAGCUGGGAUCCCUGCAGGGCCAGCUGUCAACUACGCGGUGACAUUUGUGGACAACAGGAUCCAGAAAUCCAUGCUGAUGGAUCUGAAUAAGGAGAUUAUCAAUGAACUGGGUAUAACAGCGGUGGGAGAUGUCAUUGCCAUAUUGAAACAUGCCAAGGUUGUCCACAGACAGGAUAUAUGUAAAGCUAUGACGGAGGCGCCAAGCCAGACGAUCAUGCAGAGUGAACUAAGGAGGAACGCUAACAGCCGUGAGUCGCCGUUAUACCUACCUGCUGCCACAAGAAUGAUUGCUAACAGUCUCAGCCGGGAUUCUCCCCCGUCCACCCCUGUCCGCAGACCUGAGAACAGUACAUCCAAGAUCUCUGUGACUGUGUCCAAUAAAGUGGCUCUGAAGAAGUCUCAAGCAGCCUUGUCUUCACCAUUAGAUGACACUGCUGCUGCUGAGGGUUCAGUGAAACGUCGCAGGGUGACAGCUGAGAUGGAAGGAAAGUAUAUCAUUAAUAUGCCCAAAGGGACCACAGCCAGGACAAAGAAGAUCCUGGAGGAACAAGCUGCAAAAGGUACGAUCCGAACAUCUGUUUUUGACAGACUAGGGGCAGAAAGUAAAGCAGACACGACAACAGGAGCAAAGCCCACAGGAGUUUUUAGCCGAUUAGGUGAUGCCCAUGAGGCAGGAAAAUCUGCAGAUAGUGAUGAAGACAGCAGCGUUUUACAGUAUGCGGGUGUUCUGAAAAGAAAGAACACUCCAGUCUCUAGAGAAAAACUGACCCCUGGAAUAACCAUCAAGGCUAAAGCCACAAGCUCCGAGCAGAAGGCGCCCAUCACCACCACCAUCAAGAGACUGGCUACCAAACCUCCUGCCAGUGCCCCCGCUAAGCUUACCACAUCAAAGAUCACCCUGGCACAAAGGCUGGGCACUGUCCCACAGGUGGUUGUAGAGGAGGAACGGAAAAGAAAGAAGCCUUCAGCUGCCAUGGUUCAGCGUCUGGGCAAACAGCAAGUCGUCGCUCAGGACAGCAAAGUUAGCAGCAGUAAGGCACCGGUGGUGGCCUUCAAGCCAACGUUCACCAUUAAAAGGACUGUAGGGAACGCCCGCGUGACCAGCUCCAGUGACAACAGCAGCGCUCAGAUGGACAUCUCUGGAAACAUUAGCGUUUUUAAGCGGCUGGGGAGAAAAUCUGUAUAAAAUAUGGUUUUCUUAGUCCUGUUUGGCGAGCGGACACCGGGAUAUCAGGAAGAAUGCAUGGUUCGGCCAUCUUGUAUCUAGCGCACCAGACCAUGUGGUUUUAUUUGUUUUUGAUACACGGACUUGUUUUACACUGCAUUUAAGAACAUCUGGAUAGUUUCACUGCCACCGUAUUUAUUAUGAUGAGAUAAUAGCAGCAGUGAUUGCGGGUUUUUAAUUAAAUAUUUUAUUAG